AUGCUCUUCUCACAAAUCGUCAGUCAACCAACGCCCAUGGCUGCGCCUGUUGUUGAGACGGGACAGCAACGCCUCAAAGGGAGAUUAGUUCUGGACGAGCUACCUGUCGAGAUUGUCGUCGAGAUUGCGACCAAUCUCGACUUUGAGGGGUUCGGUAGCAUGUUGGGUGUCAGCAGCUUCAUGAGGUGCAUCUUACAGAAAUAUUGGAGGUAUAUCCUGUCUUCCAUCAUCGAACGGGAGUUCACGCCUGUGGGGUUGUUCUUUCGGGCAUUUGAAACGGGUGAGGUAACUAGGGUUGGGAAUAGGUCUGCGAGGGAGUGGUUGGGACGGUUGACGGGGGUUGGGGGUGGCCGUGAUUGGAGGGAUAGGGAGAUGGACCGUAUCAUGAACUUUUGCCGGGGCGUCAAACUCUGGGAGGCGGAAUUCCAACGGUUCAGAUUCUACGACUGUGAUGUUGGGGAAAUGAGGUUGAUGAAUGGGAGGGAAAGGGAGCGGUUUAGGAGGGGGUUAUUUAUUUGGGAUUGGUUUGCGAGGGUGCAUCAUGCUGGACGGCAGACCCGACGGACGGCGGAGCCGGUGGCGUUUAUGAGGAGGUUUUCCACUACGGAACUACAUGAGUUGAAUGAUGUCUGGGAGACGGUUUGGGCUGCGGUGGGGAGGGAGGUUUGUCCUUCUGUUACGGCGGUUAUGGAGGUGAUUGGGGAUAGGUCGCUCGCAGAGGGGAUUGGGUGGGGGGAUGGGGAGGAGAAUAGGCAGAUUUUAGGGACGGUGAUGAAAUUAGGGCCGGGGGAUUUGCUGAGGUUGUUGGCGGGGGGAGGGGGGAAGAUUCCCCGGACGGGGGGGUUUGUUUAG